AUGCUUUUGGGACAAUCACCAUUUCGUGGUGAUGAUGAAGAUGAAAUUUUUGAUGCAAUUCUAGAAGAUGAAAUUUUAUAUCCAAUCAACAUGUCUAGAGAUUCUGUUUCCAUAUUACAAAAAUUGCUAACUCGUGAACCAGAGAAGCGUCUUGGGACUUCUAUAGCUGAUGCAGAAGAAAUUAAAAAACACCCAUUCUUUAAAGGUGUAAAUUGGAAUGAUAUGCUUGCAAAGAAAGUACCGCCGCCAUUCUAUCCCACAAUUUCAUGUCCAACUGACACUUCAAAUUUUGACGAAGAAUUCACGAAAGAAGUACCAGUACUUACACCUGUUCAGACACAAUUAGGCUCUGAGGAACAAGAAGAAUUUCGUGGAUUUUCUUAUAUUUCUAAUUGGAUUGCUAAUCCAGAAAAUUAA